UCUUGCUUCCUCCCCACGAAAACGAGAAGCUUAAAAAACUCUUCCGGUUCUCGCCGAUCAAACUCAAUCGAUCUCCGCGCUUGCUCGAGCGAAUCUUUCGCUUCCUGUCUUUCACCUCACGAUUGAUCAAGGUCUCGGGGCUGCACUUACUAAUGGCUGCGAGACUUCUUGCAAACAUACUUGUAAUGGGUUCAGGUAUAUUGGGAAGAGCUGUUCUGCAAGCAUAUCGUAAAGCAAUAGAAAAUGCCAAUAGAAAUGGUGUCGCAAAUGAAGCGAUCAACAACAUCCGCAGAGUAAGCAAAACAAUGACAGAGCAGGAAGCCAGGCAGAUAUUAGGCAUAUCCAACGACUCAACAUGGCCCGAAAUUAUUCAGAAGUAUGAUGUUCUGUUUGAGAAAAAUGCUAAAGGUGGGAGUUUCUACCUCCAGUCCAAGGUGCAUCGGGCAAAAGAAUGCUUAGAGGCAAUUUACCAGAGAAGUAGUCAAGCAACGAGUUGAGGCCCUUGAUACAUGGUUGUUCUUCGUAGUUACUCAUGAAUAAUAUAACUACACACCCAAGUUUUGUAUUAAGGGUGUAAAUUUUAACUAUUAUUAUCUGGCUCAACAAAAAGGAGGACCAAUAGACAGUUGCUAAGAAUAUUGUAAAAUUCAAAACAUUCUUAAGAUCUUUUGGUUCAUAACAAUCAUUAUUAUUUUUUCAUGAUUUUUCA